CCCGUCCCUGGCCAUGCGCAUUGGACUUGUUGUCGGGUUCGUUGUUAUGACUGGCCGAGGCCUCGGACUAAAUUAGGAGAGAAAGGCCCGUCACCGUCCCGGGACACCCGCCAUGGAGGGCAUGGACGUGGACCUGGACGCGGAGCUCAUGCAGAAGUUCAGCUGCAUGGGCACCACCGACAAAGACGUUCUCAUAUCGGAGUUCCAGAGACUGCUCGGGUUCCAGCUGAACCCUGCCGGCUGCGCCUUCUUCCUAGACAUGACCAACUGGAACCUGCAGGCAGCCAUCGGGGCCUACUACGACUUUGAGAGCCCCAACAUCAACGCGCCGUCCAUGUCUUUUGUGGAGGAUGUGACCAUCGGAGAGGGAGAGUCUGUCCCCCCAGACACGCCGUUCACAAAGACCUGGAGGAUACAGAACACAGGGACGGAGUCCUGGCCUCCAGGGGUUUGCCUAAAGUACGUGGGCGGAGACCAGUUUGGACACGUGAACAUGGUGAUGGUGCGGUCGCUGGACCCCCAGGAAGUGUCGGACGUCAGCGUGCAGAUGCGUAGCCCUGUCGCCCCCGGCAUGUACCAGGGCCAGUGGAGGAUGUGCACGGCCACCGGGCUCUUCUACGGGGAUGUGAUCUGGGUGAUCCUGAGCGUGGAGGUGGGCGGCCUGCUCGGCGUGACACAGCAGCUGUCCUCCUUCGAGACGGAGUUCAACACGCAGCCGCACCGCAGCGUGGAAGGCAACUUCAACCCCUUCGCCUCGCCGCAGAAGAACAAGCAUGCCCCGGACGACGGCAGCCUCAAGGACCCAGGGGGCCCCUGGGAGGGCGGCCCCGAGCAGAUCAAGCAGGAUCAGAAUGGACUGUCACACAGCUCUGUAAAUAUAGCACCAAACGGGCUCCAAAACAACCUAUCAGUAGUGACUUACAGCCAGGGUAUUCACGGACCCUACCCUUUCGGGCAGUCGUAGGACACGGGAAUCACCACGGCCCCCAAGCACCCUGUUCAGGGGCGUGAAGGGUUGGGUUUGGGGAGGGUGUUGGGGGGGUGUUGGUUACUGAAAUUUGAUACUGACUCUUGGCAGACGCCUCUCUCCUCCCCAUCGCCCCAGCAACAACACAAACAUCAACAGAAGACGAGGCUGUUUAUUCUGGAUAUAUAAGUCAACCAACAUCACCCAGCGUAUGCAUGUGUGAAUGCUAACUUAAAAAAAAGAGUGCUAUAAAACUUUUAAAAGAAAUGUAAUACACAACCAUGUUUUUCUUUUUCUUUUGGUCUUUUUUUAGAAUUAAUAAUUAAGUAGAGACUGGUGCAUUGCGAGAGAGGGAGUGUGUUUGCGAGCGUGUAUGUGUGUGAAUGCUACAUGCAAGAGAAGGGGAAAAAAGCCAUUGAAAAGUUCAUUUUGCCUACUGAGCGACUAGUUUUUGAACUUAUGUUAAACUGUUUUUGAAUAUAAUUUUUCUGUUUUCUUUUUCCAUUUUGAUUAUGAUGUCAUGGAGUCUACUUUUUGGGAGGAUUUAUAUCUGAAUAUAGAGAUGAGCUAGUGUUUUGAUCUAUACUCUCAUCCCCCCUUAAUGCUAAAGGCUUACGUAGAUGUUCCCUGUCUGUGAUAAUACUGCCAGUAGAUGGAAACAUGCCCAAAAAUAGCUGAGGCAGGUGAUACUUUUUUUUCCUCCAGCAGAGGGAGCUAUUGGCAACAAGAACAAAAAUAGAGCCAAGAUGGGUUUGCCUGUCAAUGUUUGACACAAGAAGAGUUCCCACAAAAAAGACUGCUUCAGGUGGGGUGACUGCACUUUUUUCAGGCAGUUUAACAGUGCCUCAUGCAGUCAGUGGCACUUGAAGCCAGAUCUGUGCAGCUUCUCAAGUUGAAAGGGAGGAGAUGGUAGGAUUUUUUUCCCCACUAUGGAUUGUUGUGUUGCUGCAGAGCAGUGGGUCAGUGCUAAUAAGAGAAGCCCGUCAUGUUCCUCGCGUUGGGCUGAAUGUGCUUUCGGAUUGUCAUUUUGUGGUUGAGUUGAGCCCGCUUGCUGCGUGUUGUAGGUCUUCACCUGCACACAAUGGUCAAUGUUUGUUUAAGCAACCCAAAGAGCAGUUGAAGCCACCUCUAACAGGCAAAGUUCGAAUGAUGGGAAAUCAUUGUUGUAAUGCAGUAGAUUGUUCGAGAAAGUGGUCAGGCUCAGAAAAUUGUGUGUAUCGUGUUAGUGACAGGUGACAUACCUAUAAAAUGAAAGUAUAUUGGGUAUACGUGUUUGUUUUCACACACGAAAGGUAACAUGAAACUGCUUUUUUCAAUGGUCUGUUUUUUUUUCCUCUGCAUGGAUAUUAUACUAGGUGUCAGCAGUCAGUUAAGCUGUAUUUAUUUUCACGCAUACAUUCAGUUAAUUGCACAAUUCCACAGGUGAGAAUACUUGGGACAGACUGCAUCUGUCCGGGAUGUUUGCUUUGGCUUUUUCGCUGUUGCCGUAAUCGAUUGUACUCAUCAGUUGGGUGUGCUUUCACAAGGUCUGGCUCAAACCGCAACUCUCCUCAUCCCAAAAAGUAUACACUGUCCUGCCUUCCUCUCUCUCGUUUUUUUUCCUCAUUUCUUUUCCAUCGACAGUCGGAUUUUUUUUUUUUCUGUGCGUGUGUGUUUGAAUUCCUUGCCUGAUAUUCUGAUUCCUGAUUCUGUUAUUGGGGUGAGUGUAGUUUUGUUAGGGGUGGCGAAUGGAUGAUUUGGAAGUCUUUGUAGAGUCCUAUAAUAGCACAUUUAAAGAAAUAAGAAAAAUGUCAACAAAGAAAUCAAAGCCUUUUUCCUCUAUGUAUAAAUGAACAUUUGUAUGAUUAA